AAGUUUGUUUUUUGAUGCCUUUUGGUGUAGUUAUAAGGACAAUCCAUUGGAAGGUCAUAAUGUAAUUAUUGCUAGUUUCUGUCCUCAAGUAUUUGGACUAUAUGUAGUUAAGCUUUGUAUAUGCUUAGCUCUUGUUGGAGGGGUCCAGUAUGUUGAUGAGUCUGGCACUUGUGUUAGAGGUGACUGUCACUUACUACUAGUGGGAGAUCCAGGCACUGGAAAAUCUCAGUUUCUCAAGUUUGCUUCAAGUCUCAGUCCUCGUUCUGUAUUAACUACUGGAGUGGGUACUACUAGUGCUAGACUCACUGUUGCUGCUGUUAAGGUAAUAAUUAAUAAUAAUUUUUUGUGA